GAUGGCUGCGGAAAAGGGAAGAGUGUUUGAGAAACCAUCAAAUGGGAUGUUUAUCUGUCGUUAACAGGAUGCCCAGCUGCUCCGAUGAAGGAGUGGUUAAUGUGUUAGCUGUCCUGGAUCAGAGUGAUGUAGCUCACUCGUUGUUUCAGGGUUGUAUUUGUGCCGCUCCUCCGUUUAUUGCUCUGACAUUGUGGAAUUCAUCAGCAGCUAGUCGUUAGCUAACUUACUAGCACCCAGCUAGCAAAUAUCAGAGGAAAUUCACACCUAUCGACAACUGCCGAGACUCCUGUGAAUAUAUAAGAGCAGAGAGCCUGUCCUGACCGGCUAUGGCGUGGUGUUGGCUUCAGACUGGAUGACAGGGUCCAUACGGAGGACAGGGUCACACAGUUUCUAAACAGCAGUGCAUCACUCCUGGACGUACUCUGACUGGCGGUGGCAGCUCAUUCUUCUUCUUCUUCUCCUCUUGUUUGGAUACACUUUCCCUUUCCCCUCUGCUUCAGUUUCAUCCCACUUCUUUCCUCCUCCGGCCCACAUCUUUUCCUUUCGCCCCCUCUUAAUCUCUCUUUCUUUCUUACCCUCUGUUGCCUCUCUGCCCAGACUUUCCUACUUUUCCUUUUUUUUUGAGUUUGUGAAACUCUGACCUGCCCUCUGCCAGGUCAGGAUGAGCUGGCUGAGUAGGUUGAACCCGCGGGGUCCUGGGAGUCGGUCUGGCCGGACUGCGGCCCCCUCCAGCCCCUGCACUGCUGAUCCAGAAACCUGCCUCAUGGUGUUUGAGAACCACUGGAGACAGGUGUCUUGGGUGUUGGAGCAGCAUGAGACUUCAUCCUCCAGCGAUGACCUGACAGCGGUGAGAAAUAACACAGACCAAAUGUUGUGCCUACUGGCAGAGGAGCGCCCUGCUGAAAGCUCAGACGGUGGCUCAAGCGUGGCACCCAUGGGCCCCAUCCUGGAGCUGGUGGUUACAGAGAAUAUCCUGGAACGCCUGGUUCAGUGGCAUCUCCGUCGUGGCCUGGACCCAGACAGCCAGGGGGCCUUACUCAAGCUCUUUGAGAUGCUCAUCGGUCAGUCCCAUCAGCCUCUGCUGCAGCACACCGCCAUCCUCCACCCCCUGCUGAGGCUGCUGGGAGCCUGUGCCGACCCAGACCUCGGCUGUCCAUCAGCCCUGGAGAACAGCCUAGUACUACUACUCAACCAGGUCUGCGUGUCCAUGGCCCGGCAGCCAGUGGUUUUAGAGAUGUUAUUCCGGGCUGCACCGGCCCAGCAGGGCUCCACCAAUCUGUUGAUCUUCUCCCUCCUCGUGCCAUUCAUCCACCGGGACGGAGCUAUCGGGCAGCAGGCCCGAGAUGCUCUACUGCUGGUAAUGGCGGCCUCAGCCAGCCAUGAGGCUGUGGCACGAUACAUCGCUGAGAACUCUUACUUCUGUCCAGUGUUGGCAACAGGCCUCAGUGCCCUCUAUUCCUCUCUGCCCAGGAAGAUUGAAGUGCGAGGAGACGACUGGCAUGCCCUGCGGCGUGAGGACUGGAUAGGCGUGUCUUCACUCGUUCUUUUCAUGAACUCUCUUGAGUUCUGCAACGCUGUGGUGCAGGUCGCACAUCCCAUAGUCCGUUCUCAGCUUCUGGACUACCUCCACAACGGCUUCCUCGUACCCGUCAUGGGUCCCGCCCUGCACAAGUCAUCUGUUGAUGAGAUGAUCGCCAGCACCGCCUACCUGGAUCUUUUCUUGCGCAGUAUAACAGAAACUUCCCUCCUCAGAACCUUCCUGCGUUUCAUCCUGCUGCAUCGCCAUGACAAUGACACCAUCCUGGACACACUGCUCACACGCAUCAGCAGCAAUUCAAGGCUCUGCAUGGUGUCAUUGAGUCUCUUCAGAACUCUUCUGUCCUUGAACUGUGAAGACGUCAUGCUGCAGCUUGUUCUCAGGUAUCUGCUGCCCUGCACUCAUGUAAUGCUGAGUCAGCGUCGUGCUAUCAGGGAAACUGAUAUGUACGGAAAGUCAGCCGACAAGUUCCUGUCACUGAUCCCCGAGUGCUGCCGGCAGAACACAGCAGCCCCUGGUGAGCGGGAUGAUGAUAAUCCAUUCUGGGGUAAAGUUCUGAGCAGUCCUAGCACAGAGUCUCCGGCUCCGCCCAGACCCAGCACCCCAUCCCGCUUGUCUUUCUUCAUCCGCCAGCAGAGCAGUGGAGGUGGAUCAGGAGGAGGUGCCUCUACCCCGACCAGCAUGGAGCCGAUGCAUUCAGGUUCAUCCAGCUCCCACCCUCUGUCCCCUGAUAGUCCGAUGCACCAGCAGCUGACCCACUCAGAUUGCCUCGACUGGGACGCGGGAUACCUGGAAUACCUCAAGGACGCUCGUCGGGGCAUCGAGCUUUGCUCCUGGGCUUGCCGUGAUUGGUCAGCGCCUUACGAUGGAGAAAACCCCUCCCCAAACACAGCCCCUCCACCGCCACCUCCCCCCACAUCCAAUGCCUCCAUGUCUAUGUUCCCCGAGCACUUCUCUUUCCCGCAGGGAAGUAACAGCACCCCUCCAGGCCAACAAAGGGCAGCCAUUGUGGCAGCCGCACGGUCUGAAUGGAGCAGCUCCGAGCGGGACAGUGGCGAGUGGGACGUUACAAUCGGCAAAAAUAACUGCAUCAGCCUCACGCCACGCUCCAAGAAACGCAGCCUUCAGAGAGAGGAGCUCCUUCCUAAACCCGUGCCUCCCCUUGUCCCCUCUUCAUCCUCAGCCACCUCUUUAUCGGCUUCACACUCCUCAUCCCCAGCGCCACACAUUCCCAACUCUGCCAUCACUGUGAGCUACCAGGCCAUGUAUAACGGCACAAUCCGGCAGGGGGAUGGAUGCUCUGACAGUCACGACCGAGGCUUGGAGGUAAAGAAAGUUAAGAGGGACUUGGAUGAAAAUGCAAAUCAAAAUGGAUCAGUCGUGUCCUGCCCCUCCCAAAGCUGUGCCACUCUCCCACAAUCCAUUUUCAGCAACAUUGACGUCAACGAUGCAAAACCUCUUUGCACUAAUCAGAUUCCCUCUCAGAGCUCCAUCACUCAACAAGCCCAUGAUACCAAACUGCUGACCAGUGACACCUCAAACCCUCACAGCACAUCCUCAGAUCUUCCAGACACAAACCAAACGCAACAAUCUGUGGAGAGUCUCAUUGAGGAGCUGCUUGAACAGGCACCAGGAGACCCGCAGCUGCCAGGAGACGCCAACGGUCAGGGCAUCAGCAUUGAGGCGUUCACUCAGGAGCUGAGGGAACUGGAGGACCGGGUGAAGGAGCGCAGCACAGCCACUUGCCAGCAGGACGAAACAACCACAGACCCUCUUUCCGCUGAGCGGCAGGAGGAAGAGCAGCUUUCCACGGCCCUGGAGGCAAAGCUUACAGGUGACGUCAAGGGAGACGGGUCUUUGGUGGGCGUCUGUAGUCCUGCAAGACCACUUAACCAGCCUGCCACCCAACCGUACACUGGCCCAUUCAUGGUGGUUCUGUUUGCCAAGCUGGAGAACAUGCUCCAAAACUCGCUGUAUGUCAACAUCCUGCUCACUGGCAUCGUAGCUCAGCUGGCCUGCUAUCCUCAGCCUCUCCUGCGCUCCUUCCUGCUCAACACCAACAUGGUCUUCCAGCCCAGUGUCAAGUCACUGAUCCAGGUUUUAGGUUCUGUGAAGAACCGCAUCGAAGCCUUUGCAGCCUCUCACGAGGACUUCCCUGCCAUGCUGAAGAAAGCCCAGCAGUACCUGGUGGCUCGAGGCAAAGUGGACUGGACAGACUCGCCUGCGGCAGUUCCCACCCUGCGGCGCUCUGAUUCACUAGUGAAGAGUCGUAAGCCAUCUCUUGGAGACCUUAUCCUUCGACACACCAACAGUCCCACUCGGGCCAGACACGCUGCACAGCUGGCGCUUGCACACGUACGGGAUGGCGGCCAAUCUCUGUUCCGCAGUGGCGCGUCUGGCUUCGAGAAGCAAGCGGAGGCUCUGCGGGUGAAGAACGCCGUUUACUGCGCCGUCAUCUUCUGCGAAUUCCUCAAGGAGCUGGCUGCCCUGGCUCAGGAGCACGCUGUCAACCUGCCCUUCCCUCAGAGCCAGGAGGCAGAGGAGUAGAGGUUAAAAUGUCUACCCUUCAAACAUCACUUUUUAUCCAGGCUCCAAAAUGUUGGCUCCUCCCUUCAACAGAGGACAAAAAGCACUGACUUUUCUGUCAAUGAAAUGGAUCGUCUGCAAUAACGCAGACCAAAAAUAGGAGAAAAACAGUUGCAUUUUUGUACCAAAAUAUUAUAAGAUACUUCUAGAACUGGAAGAAUUUUCUCCUCAUCUGUAAACUUAGGAUAUUGUGCAUAUCGUGUAUUAUAUUUACAGUCUAUACACAGAAAAAUCUCAGUAAACACUUGAGAUUUGGGAGCUUGUAUAUACACAUACCAUGUCGUGGUAUAAUGUGACAGUACAGAUAGAAGAAGUAGGCGCACAUAUCGGUGCUAGUCCUUUCUCCUUAUCUUUUCAUCUGAGGGUGUUUUCAGGUGGCUUCAACAAAAAUAAGACUAACACCAAAUAUUAUUUGACAGGAAAACAUUGGAGGUAUAGGAAGAGUCAAUCAGCGGCAAAGUACUCCAAUUACUUUACCCAUUUCUGUACAACAAGCUCAUUUUAGCUUUAAUCAGAGCUGUUCAUCCUCUGUUGAGGACCGGUCAGUAGAGAAAGCUCCCAGGAAAACCAUGCUCUGCAGCUUUGCAAGAGAUUUUUCUCAAAAAAAACAAAAAACAAAAGCUGCUCCGCCUGAAAUAUUGGUCAUCGCUGAAAGAAGUGUGCUGGGUGAGGGGGUGGGGGGAGGCGCUUUCUCUAUAUUUGAAUCGGCAAGACUACCACAAGUUUACUGGAAAACGUUGGGUAAUUAAUGCCAUGUUUUAGUAUUUUAAAUGUUUGUCUGAAAUUUGCACCAUUUUCUUGACAUAUCAGCAGCAUGUGGGAGAAAGCAUGUGUGUCAUUGUGUAUUUGAGUUUAUGAUAGAUGACUCCUUUUCCAAAUGUUGAUGCCAACUCUUACGGCCAUAAGUAAGACAUUAUUAAACCCAUUUGACAUAAAAGAAGCAGGGAUUGAAGAGGCAGUACUGUAAAACUUAUCUUUUUCUUUUUGAUUCAGUCUUUUAAAAAAAGACAAUUCUGCAAAAAUAGUUUUUAAUAAGUACUGAAAUGAUUUCCAUUUAAUUUGACGUGAUUUUACAAGAAUGUCACAAGGCAUUCACUGUCUUUUCGUUGUCUGGAUUUAGUUAACUAAAAGUGAAGCUCAUAGGAAGUUCCUCUGAGUGAGACAGGCCGAACUGUUUAAGGUGUUCAACCAGGAAGUUAACAAGCUGCUAUUUUCUUAACACUAACAAUUGUUUGUUAUUUACUUGUUUUUUUUUUUUAGUUUCAUAGCUUCUAUUUCAUCAUUUCAUUGUUGGGUACCAAGUAUAAAUGUGCACAUGAGGAAUGUGCAGGAACCAAUCAGCAUUUAAUUUAUUUUCUUGUGUUUUUAGGGAUUGAAUGAAGUCACAUCCAGUCAGUGUUAAAAGUUUUUGCCAAGACAAAAUCUUAACCAUGAAGUUUUUUUUUUUUCUUUUUUUCCCAAUUAACUUGUUUUAUAAAAUGAUUUUUACAGGUGUUUUUUUUUUUUUCUGCUGACUUGCCAGAAAAGGUCUGCGAGAAUCUAAAACUGAAUGCCUCUAAAACCUUCAACCUAUUUCCGAGAUUUGAUCAAAUAAGGCUUUUUUUUUUGCACAUACUAGCUGUUCUCUCUCAACUCUUAGCAGCAGAGAAACUGCCGGACGUCUUGUAAAGUCUUAUCUCUGAAAUUUACAGUUUUUUCCAAAACAUUUUUAUCUCUCCUCACAAGUUGAGGCCUCUUCAGCUCAUCCAAGCCAUAACCGUUGUUGUCAUGUUUGUAAUCGUGGUACUUCAUUUCGUCACUUUUCUACAGUUUCUAGACACAUUUCGUAUCGGCUCAUAGUUUGUUUUUUUUUAAAUACUGAUAGUUAAAAGUUUCUGCAUGCAAGUUAAGGACAGGUUUGUAAUUCAAUAAUAUUUAAAAAUUAGUGUUUGGUUUGUGCAGUAGUGCUGAGCUAAAAUUAGCCUCCAUGCAGUAGGUUGUGGUGGCAGCAGGAGCAGGUUUCACGCUGAAUGUUUGCUCUCAUCUGAUUAAAUAAGUAGAGAAGUCAGUCAGCAUGGUUACAUGAACAGUUAGGGUUCUGCUUUUUACUGAACCACCAUCUUUGUCCCAGUAUUUAUGGAUGUGAAGGGUAAGCAGCUUUGCUAGGAAUUCGGCUGUAUUGAUAUAAACUUAAACUUGACUCCUUUUUUUUUUUUUUUUUU